CACUGCUGCGUCUGUGGCCGGAGCGGGGCCACCAUUAUGUGCUGCGAGGGGAACUGCAACAGAUGGUUCCACCUGCCCUGUGCCAAGGAGGGUGGCUGCGUCACCCAGUACAUCCCAGAGUACAGCUCCUACUGCCCUGAGCACCGCCCAGAGCAGGACGUGCAGGCGACUCCGGAGCCGGGCACCGACUGCCCCAUCUGCAUGGAGCCUGUGGAGGACAGAAAAACCUACACCACCAUGGUGUGCCCAGCAUGCAAAAGGACCUGGUUCCACCGGGACUGCAUGCAGGUAGGGCCGUGCCCUGAGCCCCAGGGCACAGCAGGUGCUCAGCAGCACCAGGGCUCGCUCACAGUGCUUCCCUUUGCUCUGCAGGGACAGGCCAUGCGCACUGGUCUUUUAUGCUUCCACUGCCCCCUCUGCAGAAAUAUUCAAGAAUUUCUGCCUCAGAUGUUCAUCCUGGGGAUCCGAAUCCCCUUCAGACAGCCAACAUGGGAGGACAAUGAUGCCUUUGCGGAACUGAAUGAGAGGCACAGCCGCUGCAAUGCCCACAAGUGCCUUUAUCCAGGAGGCAGGGAGGAG